AUCAAAAGAAAGAAGGAAGAAGGGACCCACACUAUUUUUUAAUUUAUAUCCUCUUGCAGGUAAUCUCGGGACAUUUUAAAGUCAGAAUCCGUAGAGUGUUUAGCUGGAUAGAAACACUCAAGGUAGAUUUAACUCCUUCUAUCCGAGGUGAAUUUAAUCAUGUUAUUUUGUUGUUGUUUGACAGGAAAUGAUACUUAAACCCCAUUAUUUCAUCCUAUGAUACUUGCCAGUCGGUAAGAUACGUCGCCACUUCAAUCUCUUUUAAACUGAUGAGAUGUGGGCCCAGGAACGGCAGCUUGUUUACGCAGAAGUUGAUGUUUUGAUCUUUCUGAUGAUCUUAUUGUCUAUGACUAAUAGCCAGGUCAACGAUGAAAAAAAAAUUAAUUUUAUUUAUCUCCCUAUCACCGCGAUAACAUCUAUUGCUACACAACGGAAAAAGAGGGUAGGUAUUACAAUGGAGUCAUCCCAUUUAUUAUUACAAAGUGUCAACGAUACAUUCUCACGAACCAAUGCCAAACCACAUGCGCUGUUGACAGGCACAACACGUUAUUAUUUUUUUCGUAUCAAUUAAAUAAUGACGAAGGCUACUGAUCUUAAAUAGGUCAUUUUCUUGCACAGCUUUUCAAAUGUUACACGGUAUAACCGCAUAUUUGGAAAUAUACCCCUUGCUAUUUGUUACCUUUAUUCCCUCCUUUUUUUUUUUUUUUUUUGAAAUUUAAAUGAACACUCGACCCCAAAAAUAUACUGUAGCCCAGAUCCCUGCAAGGUACAUUACGUAUUUGCAUACAGUA